AUGGCUCGCUUCACUGCCCUCCUCCUUAUUGCCGCGUCCCUUAUGGGGGUCAUGUCUGCUCCCGCCUCACCCUCCUCCAGCAAGGGUAUGGCCAAGUUGAACACCCCGUACAAGGGUUACGCCACCACCUUUGACGGCAAGCGCAACGCCUGCCAUGGUAUCAAGUACUCCCUCAACGAGCCCGUCGCCGCCAUCAACACCGCCUUGUUCAGCAACAAGAAGGGGGCCAACGUAUGCGGCAAGUACGUCAAGGUCAGCCUCCGCAACAAGCCCUCCAAGUCCUACACCUACAGGGUCGUCGACGUCUGCCGCGGCUGCGACAAAAACUCGAUCAAUCUCUCCAAGGUCGGAAUGAGACAGUUCUCCAAGAAGAGCAUCGAGGCCAUCAACUGGGAGUUGGUCAAUUCUUCUGACAAAUCGUGCCAGAAGCCCAAGCCCAAGCCUACCAAGACCACCGCCGUUGCCAAGCCCGCCAAGACCUCCUCCAAGCCCUCUACCAAUCACACCAGCAAGGUCUACAGCGGUCGCGGUACCUGGUUCAGCGAUACCACCGGAUCCUGCGGUGUCCGUUUCUCUCAGGACGACAUGAUCGUUGCCUUGAACCAGGACCAGAUGGGCGCCUACUCUGGUUCUCGCUCGAAAUGCGGUGACAAGAUCCGCGUCAAGGCCAAGGGUUCCUCUGCCAGCGUCAUUGUCCGUGUUGUUGAUACCUGCCCCAGCCGUUACUGCAGCCAUGGUGCCUUGGAUUUGUCCCGCGCCGCCUUCAAGAAGUUCGCUCCCAUGUCCAAGGGUGUCCUUGAGCUCGAGUGGUCCUUUGUCUAA